UUGUUUUUUGGUAGCACAGGAACUGUCAAAUUUCAGAAAAGUUUGCUGAAUGCAGUAAGAGCAGAGAUAUUUAGCAUGUAAUUUAAUCUCUCAUAUCAGAACUAAUAAGUGAAUAUUAUUAAAUUCCACCAAAUUAGAUAAAUUUGGUUAACUGACAGUUUAAUAUUGAGCUGGUUAGGUUGAACCAACAGCGCUGCUGUCAGCAGUUCAAAGUCUGCGCAUUCAGUCUGUUACUCAACAAUUUCAAUGAUGGCAGAUUCUAGUCUUCCUAAAACGCUGAACUUUAACGUCGGUGUCCUCGGCCAUGUGGACAGCGGAAAAACGUCUCUCGCCCGGGCGCUUAGCAGCACCGCAUCCACCGCAGCCUUUGACAAGAACCCCCAGUCCAAAGAGCGGGGCAUCACGCUGGAUCUUGGCUUUAGUGCGUUUACGGUGCCCUUACCGGAGCACCUGAGAGAGUCCAGCGGGGACAGACAAUACGACAGUCUGCAGUUCACACUGGUGGACUGCCCGGGACAUGCCUCCCUCAUACGCACUAUCAUCGGGGGUGCUCAGAUCAUUGAUCUGAUGAUGUUGGUGGUUGACGUUGUGAAAGGUAUGCAGACACAAACAGCAGAGUGCCUUUUGAUUGGUCAGCUCACCUGCUCCCGCAUGAUCGUCAUACUCAACAAAACAGACCUGUUGCCUAGUGACAAGAAACAGGCGGCUAUUGAGAAAAUGACCAAGAGGAUGCACAAAACUCUUGAGAACACAAGAUUUAAAGGGUGCCCAAUUAUUGCUGUGGCAGCAAAGCCAGGUGGUCCUGAGGCCCCGGAUACAGACGAACCACAAGGGAUAACUGAACUCAUAGAUUUUUUGAAGGCCCAGGCCUUCCUUCCUCGUAGAGAUCCGUCAGGUUCUCUUCUCAUGGCUGUAGAUCACUGCUUCUCCAUCCGUGGCCAGGGAACAGUCAUUACUGGCACCAUCCUACAAGGGUCGCUCAAUGUCAAUGAUACUGUGGAGAUACCAGCGUUAAAGGUAACUCGCAAGGUCAAAUCUGUGCAGAUGUUUCGUAAGCCAGUUCCUAGUGCUAUGCAAGGGGAUCGGGUUGGCGUGUGUGUGACACAGUUUGACCCAAAACUGUUAGAACGGGGUGUAGUUUGCACACCAGGUUCAUUGCAGACUCUUUACGCUGCUAUUAUAUCUGUCCAAAAGAUUGAAUACUAUCGCGGAGCACUUAGCAGCCGUGCAAAGUUUCACAUCACCGUUGGACAUGAAACCGUUAUGUCCCGUAUCUCAUUCUUCAAUCGAGUGCUUCCUGGCAAAGAAAAUGGAGACUGUAGCCCCACCUCUCAAGAGCAAAGUGCAAGUUCUUUCUCAUUUGAUUGGGAAUUUCACCACCUGGAUGACUAUAUGACUCUUCAGGCAGAAGGUGGGAGAGGGGAACCACAGCAAUGGGCUUUACUUGAGUUUGAACGACCAGUCACAUGUCCACCACUUUGCUUAGUGAUUGGGUCACGACUGGACUCAGAUAUCCAUGGUAACGCAUGCAGGCUUGCCUUUCACGGAAAGCUUCUGGAAGGGUUUGAAGACAAAAACUACACAGAGACAACACUUCCUCGACUCAAAAUCAGCAAAGACAAGCAGAAAGAAGGAGCAGUGGAGCGGGUGACAGAUGACUACACUGUGAUUGGUCGAAACCUGUUUAAGAAGGAGACGAACCUUCAGCUGUUUGUGGGUUUAAAAGUUACACUGUCGACGGGAGAAACGGGGUCCAUUGAAGGUGGCUUCGGCCAGAGCGGCAAGAUCAAAAUCAGAAUACCAGAGGGGCUGAAAGAAGAAACCAAGCAGCUUCUGUCCUCUUCCUCUAAGAAGAAGGGGAAGGGUGGGGCCAAAAAUGAAUCCUCCAAAUCUGAGGAAACCAAGCCCGACGCUCAACCAGUUACCAUACACUUAAACUUCAAACGCUAUAUAUAUGAUCCCCACAAAAAGAUGGUGCAGUCCUGACCCUCAGUCAGAUCAUUCCCGAUAAGAGCUGAAAGGCAGACAGGAAUAACAGACACUACUAAAGUCUGGGAUAUGGAGCGGGAAACUUCUUGUACAUGUUUAUUGUGUGCAGAGUUUCUAUUCUGUUACUUCGCAUUUGUAUUAUUCCUUUUAUAUAUGGAAUAAUAAAAAUGAAUAAAAUGAAAACGUGGAAUAUUCCUUUAAGACACAUUCCCUUACUAAUAAGUGCUGUUAUAUGACUGCUAAUAAAACAACUAUUAGCUAAACUGC